AUGGCGAGUGGUGUUGAUGAAGAUGCGGAUGCUGUGCUCAGCGAUGUUGAAGGUGAUGAUCCGGUGCCUAUUGUGAUUCAGAAUACGUCUCCUGAAGAAAUCUCUGGCGAGAGGUUUAGAGAGAUUCUUGCGGAGCGCGAUCGUGAGCGGAAAGCUCGAGAAGCGGCGGAGAAUUCGAAAUCGGAGUUGCAAGUAUCUUUUAAUCGAUUGAAAGCGCUUGCUCACGAGGCGAUUAAGAAGCGUGAUGAAUGUGGGAGGCAGCGGGAUGAGGCAUUGAGGGAGAAGGAAGAAGCGUUGAAAUUGAAUGAAAAGGUUUCGGCGGAGUUGGCUGAGGCGAAUAGGCAGAAAGAUGAGGUCUCGAGACUUAGGGAUGAGAUUGGGAAGCAACUCGAUGAGAUCUUAAAGGAACGGGAUGGUUUGAGAUCGGAAAUCGGUAAUGCAUCACAUAUGCUAGUUACUGGAAUUGAUAAGAUAUCCUCCAAAGUGAGCAAUUUCAAGAAUUUUACGGCUGGUGGGUUGCCUAGGUCGCAAAAAUAUACAGGAUUGCCUGCAGUUGCCUAUGGAGUCAUCAAGAGAACGAAUGAAAUCGUUGAAGAGCUUGUUAGGCAGAUUGACACGACAACUAAGUCGAGGAACGAAACCAGGGAACAAAUGGAUCUUAGGAAUUAUGAAAUUGCCAUUGAGAUAUCUCAGCUCGAAGCUACGAUUAGCGGGCUGAGGGAGGAGGUUUCGAAGAAAACUUCCGAUAUCGAAGAUCUGGAGAACACCAUCUCCGAAAAGGAUAAAAAGAUGUCUGACAUUGAAGCAGAUCUGUCUGGUAAACUAAACCGGGCUGAGGAUGAAGCUUCUGAGUUAAGGCAGCUUACGCAAGAUUAUGAUGAUAAGUUAAGGAUUUUGGAGUCAAAAAUGGAGUCCCAAAGGCCUUUACUUGUUGAACAGUUGAAUUUCAUUUCAAAAAUACACGACCAAAUUUAUGAUAUUGUUAAGAUAGUUGAUGGUAGUGAUGCGGACCAUUCUGAAUUUUCAGAGUCUUUGUUUCUCCCUCGGGAGACUGACAUGGAGGAGAAUAUACGUGCAUCUUUGGCUGGAAUGGAGUCUAUUUAUGCAUUACAAAAACUUGUCACGGAUAAGAUCAGGAGUUCAAUGGAGGAGAAGAUUAGUGAAAUUAAGAAUUUAAAGGAGACAGUUGCCCAGUUGCUCAAGGAGAAAGAUCAUAUUGGAUAUCUACUGAGGAGUGCAUUAUCGAAGAGGAUGACAUCUGAUCCUUCUUCGAAAGCAAAUCAAUUGUUUGAAGUUGCAGAAAAUGGUUUAAGAGAGGCUGGCAUUGAUUUCAAAUUUAGCAAGCUUCUUGGAGACGAGAAGUUCCCGACUUCCCGGGACAAUGGGAAAGCUCUAGAUGCAGAGGAGGACGACGAAAUAUUCACUCUGGCUGGUGCUUUGGAGAAUAUUGUGAAGGCGUCUCAGAUUGAGAUCAUUGAGUUACGGCAUUCCUUGGAGGAAUUAAGGGCAGAGUCGGUUGUACUUAAAGAGCACCUUGAAUCCCAAUCCAAGGAGCUUAAACUUAGAUCACUUCAAAUUAAGGAACUUGAAGAGAAGGAGAGAAUUGCCAAUGAAAGUGUUGAAGGGUUAAUGAUGGACAUUACAGCCGCGGAAGAAGAAAUCAUGAGAUGGAAGCUAGCUGCAGAGCAGGAAGCUGCUGCUGGCAAAGCUGUUGAACAAGAGUUUCUGGCACAGAUCUCGGCGGUUAAACAGGAACUUGAAGAAGCAAGGCUGGGGAUUUUGGAUUUAGACAAAAAACUCAAGAUGAAAGAAGAGACAGCAAAUGCAGCUAUGGCAGCCAGAGAUGCAGCUGAGAAAUCACUGAGGCUAGCCGACGUGAGGGCGUCUAGGUUGAGGGAGAGGGUGGAAGAUCUUACUCGUCAGCUCGAAGAGCUCGAUUUCCGGGAAGGUUCGAGAAGAGGAUUAAAUGGACAUAGAUACGUUUGCUGGCCGUGGCAGUGGCUUGGACUCGACUUCGUUGGUUCUCGUAGCUCGGAAACACAAGAAGAGAGUUCAAACGAGAUGGAACUUUCUGAGCCACUUCUCUGAUUCUUUUUUCCCCCCCUCUUUUUGGGUGGAUGGGUUUGUGUUUAGUUUUUGUAUUUAUUGUGAAAUGAAAUGUUAGAAGAUUAGAGAUAUA